AGAGCCGCACAGCUCCGCCUCACGAAUCGAUCGCUUCCGCGGAACUUGACGGACGGGAGCCGGCGUUUGAAAUAGAUACAAGGCUAACGCGCGUGUAAGCGCGCAGACUUACUGUUGUGAGAGUUAAGGGGGCCACAUGUUUGUCUUUCAUUUUCUGUACGAUAUGCCAAAGACGUAGGAGGACUAUUUACAAACUCGGCUUCGUCCUCUGUUAGCAUAUUGCUAACCGUGGAACUAUUUUGUGAAGGAAACUUUUGUCUUAAUCCCCUGAAGUUUACACGAGGCCGAGCAGACGAUACUAAGAUGCAGAGCGAAUUGAUGUGAAAUUUGUGACGGAUUACCCUAACACCUCUCGUUAUUGAAGUUAUGAACAAGUCAACAAGGCGAGGCUUGAAACAUGAGGGAACUUUUCCUUUUCUCCGCUUUGCUGCAAUUAGCUCUGUGUGAACUCGAGCCCCAGUUUAACAGUACACCUGAGCACCUGAGGAUAAAGCAGGGAUCUCGAGCCGUCCUGCCUUGUUCUGUGGUAUACAUAGGAGGCCACCAGGUUGUGUGGUCGAGUCCUCGGAAGACACUUAUAAGCUUGGAGGACCGGCGUUUGAUAGAUGAUCAGAGGAUCAGCGUAGAGCGACCCUACAUCAAGGAAUGGAAUCUCCACAUCAGGAACGUCCGUUAUAACGACAGCGGGACAUACAAGUGUGAAAUCAACACAGACCCCAUACAGUUUAAGGAAGUUACACUGGCAGUUGUAGUUCCGCCCACCAUCAUCAGCAAGCUUUCCUCAGACAACCUGAAGCUGAGGGAAUCAGACACGGCAGAGCUGGUGUGCAACGUCACGGGGGUGCCACACCCAAAUGUCACGUGGUUCAAGCGGAAUUUCAGACACGGACGAGGUCAUAAAGAACGAAUCGGUCUAGAAGGGGAAGUGUUGAUAAUCCACAAUGUCACCCGGUACUGUGACGACAUCUACGAAUGCUACGUUGACAACGGCAUUCCCCCAGCUGUCAGCAAAGCCAUCAGAGUAGUUGUGGAAUUUCCACCGGAAGUGGUGAUGCCCAACAAGCGUAUUGGACAACGUAUCGGACGUGAGACCAUUUUGGAAUGCAUUGUCAAUGGCAACCCCCCAAGGACUGACGUUCUGGAAGAAGAAUGGACGCCAGAUAAUAACGGACGAACGUUUCACGGUGGAGGCCUACGAGGACAUUGAGAACAGGAUAGUGACUCUCAGUCUCCGGAUUAACCC